GGUUUCCAGCGGCGUCGGAGAUGAGCGCCGCCGAGCGCAACGGCUCGCAGGCGGCGGCCAACGGCUCGCCGUGGUUCGUGUACGAGUGCACGCUGGAGCUGGACGCCGAGUACCGGCGCAUCUGCCUGUUCCUGCUCUACCUGUUUGCGUUCGUGGCGGGCCUGCUGGGGAACGCGCUGGUGCUGUGGGUGAACUGGCGGCGGCGGCGCUCGGCCGGCGGCGUCCUCUUCUGCGUGCUCAACGUCAGCCUGUCGGACAGCAUGGUGGUGGCCGUGCUGCCCUUCUUCAUGAUGGAGGUGACGGUGGAGCGCGUGUGGCUGUGGGGCCGCUUCCUGUGCAAGCUGACCACGCUGGUCUACGGCGUCAACUUCUACAGCAGCUCCUUCUUCCUGGCCGCCAUGACGCUGGAGCGCUACCUGGCGCUGAGCCGGCCGUCGGGGCCGGCCCUGUUCCCGGCGGCGGGGCGGCGGCGCUGGGCCCUGUGCGGGGGCCUCUGGCUCCUCUCCCUGCUGCUGGCGCUGCUGGAGAACGUGCACGUGGACCUGCUGGAGUGGAACGAGCCGGGCUGCUACAUGGUGCCCGAGGGCAGCCACGCCGAGUGGUUCGCCUCGGUGGCCUUCCUGUGUCUGAUCUUCCAGUUCCUGGGGCCCGCCUGCGUCAUCGUGGCCUGCAACGCGCUGAUCGCCCGGGCCGCGCGCCGGGCCCCCGACGCGCGGGGCCGGCGGCAGGUGCGGCUGGUGCACGUCUACUCGCUGGUCUUCCUGGCCUGCUGGCUGCCCUACCACCUGGUCAUGAUGCUGAUGAUCAUCAGCGACCUGUCGCCCCACCUCUUCAGCUGCAACGUGGUGGAGUUUGUCUACUUCUCCUUCAGCGUGGUGCAGAGCCUGUCGCUCUUCCACUGCGUGGCCAAUCCCAUCCUCUACAACUUCCUGAGCGAGAGCUUCCGCGACCACUUUGUCAACGCCGUGGUCAGCCGGCUGCCCCGGGGAGGACGGGGAGGAGGAGGAGAGACGGCCGGCGCCGGCGGCGGCGCCGGCGAGGGCCCGCGCCGCAAGCCGAGUGACGUCAGCACCAGCCAUUCUGAAGUCGGGUCCUGAUGGCUUCUUCGCUUGGCAACUCGGAAACAUACAAAGGCCCCUCGCAUGACAAAUCGUGGCUACGAUAUCGAUAUGAAGGGCGAACAGGAUGCUCAGUUGUGACCGCAAAACACAUUUCUCAGGAA